GUUUCCUAAAGUAACCUACCUAGCUAAGAUAGGUACCUGCUUAAGAUGAUAGGUUACCUGGUAACGUUGAACGCGUUGUUCAAGAAAGCAUCUACAUCCGCUCGUUUAGCUGGCCAUUCAUACAGUGUGGAAGGUAAGCAGGAUAGGAUCUCGACUGAUCACCGGAACAUAUGAUGGACACGCCGGCGUGAUUUCUAAGGACAGGCCGAGUCCUAAUCAACUACUCGCUCCUCAUAGGUAUAAACUGAUCACAACUCGCCGACCAUAUUACCUACCGUUCCGAUCAAGCCGGCUCCCUUCCCACGACUCCUCUACGCCUCACUUCCCCUUCCACCAUACCCCAGAGAAGACCAAGACAACAAACUAGGUAUAAAAAUACGUACUCGCACCAUGGCCAUCUACCACGUCGUGCUGUUCAAGUUCAAGGUGCUGGUGCCGCAGGACGAGGUCAAAGCGGCUUGCACCCGGAUGCUGGCCCUGGGCGACCACUGCAUCCACCCGACGUCCCAGAAGCCAUACGUCAAGGUCAUCGGCGGAGGGAAGGACAGCAGUCCAGAGGGGCAUCAGCAUGGCAUGACACACGUGUUCAUCAGCCAGCUCGAGAACGACGAAGACAGGAAAUACUACCUCGAAACGGACCCGGCGCACCUCGAGUUCAUCGAGAGCACUAGGGACAUACUCGAUAGAGUCCAAGUGGUCGAUUUCACGCCCGGCGAAUUCUGAGCAGCGGGGGAGGGCUGCACCGCACCUGGGCAGGGUGCGAUUUCGCGGUGGCGAUGGGUCAGGGUGCUAUGGCUGUGGCGUCGACGGGCUGCGUAGCGAUUCAGGAUCGACAAGAGGGAAGCAGCGCGGCGCCGGAUUGGAUGGACGUAUUCCCUAGCACCAGCAGGUCAGUUGGCCUGGGAAGAAGACGGUGCAAGUAUGAAGUAGGUUAACAACAGGCUACAAAUACCGUCCGAAAUAGAGUACACACCUUACAUACCUGUAUGGAUGCAUGCACAUCCCGGCAGCUAAGGCGGCGCAUCCGUCCAAUGGGACUCGAUCAAAUUCGACUCCUUCAUCGCAGCCCUAUAUCGAACCUCCCCACCCUCUGGCCCUGGUGUUUCUGCCGCUCGCCUAUGUGGGAGGGACGUGGUAUAGAUACGCAAGGUGCCUCGGGUAGAACGUAGACGUGUUAGGUACCACGCCGGUGGCUAAGCCCAUAGGGAUAGGAGGCAACCCAUGUGAGCAGGGCUCCGGCAGGGCUCUGGCAGGUCUCUAGCGCUGAUCCCCACCAUUCGGGGGGCAGAGGCAAGAUUAAUUGGCGCAUCUACCCCUUCUCGUUCCUCGGUAGUAGUAGGGAGGUGCUCUGCACUGCUACCUGCAGAUUCUCUAUGCAUCCCGCAUCGGCUUAGAGGUGGACUCAGACAACGGGAUAUGAGGUUC